AUGGCUUUACCUUCGGAGUCCAUCUACCAGCCGCUGGAUCCGUCCAGGUCGGAGAUCCGGCUACUGAGGCUGCAUCCCCGACAAACAGGUAGGCCUGACGAAACCCUGCAACUAACCAUGUUUACCACCUCAUUACACGAGCAAAAGUAUUUUGCUCUCUCGUAUGUGUGGGGUGAGGACACCCCAAGCAACCCAGUAACCAUCAACGGCCAAAGUGUACCGGUGACUCAAAAUCUAUUCGACUUUUUACUACAUUACCGCGAUCUUACAGAAGCGAAUAGUACGUGGGAGCUCGCAGACAUGUUCUUCUGGGUGGAUGCCAUCUGCAUUAAUCAAGGGGAUAUUCACGAGAAAAACAGCCAGGUACUGCAGAUGUCGUCAAUCUACCGUUCGGCGGAUGAGGUGCUGUCAUGGUUAGGCGUGGAAGCGAAUGACAGCAACUAUGCUAUAGAAGUGAUUAUUGAUAUAGCUGGCAAAAUAGCUGCAUCCCUUGAUGGGGAUGACCCUCUUUCAUGGAUGGACCCCAGCCAGACCGAAUUGUGGCAAGAAAACUCGGACAGCCACCAUAUGGGAAAUAGAUUCUGGGAUGGUACUAUAGAAUUGAUGUGGCGGCCAUAUUGGACCCGGGCAUGGAUAGUUCAAGAGAUUGUGCUUGCAAGAAAAGUCAAGAUGCUCUGUGGUAUGAGGCCUUUUCUGUUCCAGGAUUUGGUCGCUAUAGGCACAUGGAUAAUGAGACUUCGCCCCCACCAUUGCCCCUCAUUUGUCGAUGUGACGAUCUGGCUCUAUCUAUCAACUCCUGCCUACCGGGAAACCUAUUGGCUAGCAGAGCUCAUGAAGUAUGUUAAGAUCAUUCAGCUGCUAGAAGAAACUGCAAGGACGGAAACAUUCAACACAGAAGGUAACUGGAAAAAGAUCCUCAUAACCACACGGACCGCUCAGACCUCAGACCCUAGAGAUAAGCUAUACAGUAUGGCCAGUAUCUUGCGCCGUGGUGUAACCCCGGACUAUUCUCUCUCUGCAGAGGAGACGUACUGCAAAUUUACAAAGAUGUGUAUUGAGGCAGACGGUGGAUUGCAAAUACUGCUAUUUGCAGGCCAUGGCCUACUCAAUGAUGCAACAAACCUGCCGAAGCACCAUCUAUUCUUGCCUUCGUGGGUCCCAAAUUGGGAUCUGUUGUCUACGACAGGCCUGUGGACUCCAGUUCCCGCCCAAAUGGGGAGUUUCGAUUCCAAUGGAUUCAUUCUAGAAAGGAAUAUACCACCAUACACUUGCUAUGGCAAUACCCUAGAGGCUCCUGGGAUUCACUGGGGUGAGGUUUCAAUGCACGUCAACUUUGAGCAAGACAACGAAAACUGGGAUCAAUUCUGGCUAGAUUAUAUCGAGGCUCAUAGCGACCAACGGGGUGCUAGCGGAGCUCGGGCCCUCCUCACUAUUACGAGGCUGCUACUUCUUGACCGAGUUCCUGGCAGUGAUAUGCAGCUUGGCCUAAACCCUGAAGCUUUGGCAUUGGAAAAGGCAAUUUAUGCCAUGGUUUUGGUGCAGCAAUGGGAAGACUCUGCCAAGUUUCUGCAGGAAGCCAGGAUCACCCAGUAUUUAGAUCAGGCAGUUGAUGGAGCUCGAAUAAGAGAGUUACUGGAGGUUGAUGGUCUUGAAGAUUGGAUGGCAAGCGGUAUCGCCCAACUCGCAAGCUCGCUUGUAAUACUCAGCACGUGCUAUGCGUUUUUCGAGACUACCCAAGGGCAUCUUGGGUGGGGCCCUCCUGGGAUAUACAAAGGGGAUAUCAUCGGCAUCCUCUUCGGCUGCGAGACGCCUGUGGUUCUGAGAAUGAUUGAUUCACACUAUAUUUACAUUGGACCUUGUUAUGUUGUGGGAAUCAUGGAUGGCGAUCUGUUGGCUGGUAUUGACAACGAUUCCCACCGUAUCAAGCGGUUUAACAUCGUUUGA